AUGUUUGCUGCUGCUCGUUCCGUUCGUCUCGCUGCCUCCCGCUCCGGCAACUAUGCGGGCCUCCCGCGGUCGAUGAUCGCCAGGAACAUGAACUCCAAGGUCAAUGGCCCCGUCGUUGGUAUUGAUCUUGGAACAACAAAUUCUUGCGUCGCCGUCAUGGAGGGCAAGACUGCGAAGGUGAUUGAGAACUCCGAGGGCGCGCGGACAACACCCUCGGUAGUUGCGUUCACGAAGCAUGGAGAGCGUCUCGUCGGCCUUCCUGCGAAGCGGCAGGCAGUUGUCAACUCCGCGAACACCGUGUUCGCCUUCAAGCGUCUCAUCGGCCGUCAGUUCAACGAUGCCGAGGUGAAGCAGGACGCCGCGCAUUGGCCUUUCAAGAUUGUCCCGAAGCCCGACGGCAGGCCAGCGGUGGAGGUGACGAAUGGCGACAAAAAGCAACAAUUUUCCGCUGAGGAGCUGUCGGCGAUGGUUUUGACGAAGAUGCGUGAUACCGCGGAGCAGUACCUUGGCAAGAAGGUCAACCAUGCCGUUGUCACCGUCCCGGCCUACUUCAACGACGCUCAACGGCAAGCAACGAAAGACGCGGGAACCGUUGCUGGUCUCGAUGUCCUCCGUGUCAUCAAUGAGCCCACUGCGGCCGCCCUCGCGUAUGGUCUUGACCGUGCGGACAACUCCAUCAUCGCCGUGUACGAUCUUGGCGGUGGAACCUUCGAUAUCUCCAUUCUCGAGAUGCAGAAGGGCGUGUUCGAGGUUAAGUCUACGAACGGAGACACUCACCUUGGAGGCGAGGAUUUCGACAUCUACCUCGUGGAGCACAUCCUCAAGGAGUUUAAGAAGGAGUCCGGUCUUAGCCUCAGCGAAGACCCCGUCGCCAUCCAGCGUAUCCGCGAGGCUGCGGAGAAGGCCAAGAUUGAGCUUUCGUCUACUACCCAGACGGAGAUCAACUUGCCCUUCAUCACUGCUGACGCGUCUGGUCCUAAACACAUCAACAUGAAGAUCAUACGCUCGCAGUUCGAGAGCUUGACGUCGCCCCUCAUCCAGCGUACCGUCGACCCGUGCAAAAAGGCUCUUGCGGAUGCUGGCGUCAAGGCGUCGGAGGUCAACGAGGUCAUCCUCGUUGGUGGUAUGUCCCGUAUGCCCCGCGUUGUGGAGACGGUCAAGUCCAUCUUCGGUCGUGAGCCCAGCAAGGGUGUCAAUCCGGACGAGGCCGUCGCGAUCGGCGCUGCCAUCCAGGGUGGUGUUCUAGCUGGUAACGUUACAGAUAUCCUACUCCUCGACGUCACUCCUCUCUCGCUUGGUAUCGAAACCCUUGGUGGUAUCAUGACGAAGCUCAUCACGCGCAACACGACCAUCCCCACCAAGAAGACACAGACGUUCUCGACGGCGGCGGACGGCCAGACCGCGAUCGAGGUCAAGAUCUACCAGGGUGAGCGUGAGCUUGUCCGCGACAACAAGCUCCUUGGCAACUUCAACCUCGUCGGUAUUCCCCCGGCACCGAAGGGCAUCCCUCAGAUCGACAUCACCUUCGACAUCGAUGCUGAUGGUAUCGUCCACGUGACCGCCAAGGACAAGGCUACUGGCAAGGAUCAGUCGAUGACCAUCGCGUCGUCGUCCGGUCUCUCGGACAAGGAUAUCGAGCGCAUGGUCUCCGAAGCUGAGGAGUACGCUGAGACCGACAAGGCGCGCAAGCAGCUCAUAGAGGAGGCGAACAAGGCGGACUCGGUCUGCGCCGACACCGAGAAGGCGAUCAACGAGUUCAAGGACCAAAUCGACGCGACGGAGAAGGAGAAAGUCAUCAAGCUCAUCGCGGAGCUGCGCGAGCUUGCCGUCAAGGGCCAGGCGGGUGACGCCUCCGUCGACGCCGACAAGAUCCGCGAGAAGGUCAAUGAGACCCAGCAGGCGUCGCUCGGUCUCUUCCAGAAGGUGUACGAGAAGCGCAACGCGGAGGGUGCUGCGUCGUCCGAGCAGCCCGCGUCGGAGAACAAGGAGGAGAAGAAGGAUUAA